AUGCGCUGCCCGUUCUUAGGAUCGUUGAACCAAGCCUUCGUAAAGAAUUACGGAGCAACUCUUAUGAAACAAUACGGAAACUACUGCCCAAUAAUUACUCGAGGAUUCCGCUCUCUGGGCGUCGAUGAAACCAAGUGCCCCUUCAUCCAGCAAAAUGUGGGAAUAUCUGAGGCACCCAAGGAGAUGACGGAAGACAUCACCGAGCCCGCGCAGUCGUACCACUAUGAGAAGUUCUUCCAUGAGCAGAUCAGUGCCAAGAAGAGGGACUACUCAUACCGCAUCUUCAGGAAGGUGUCCCGGUUAGCAGCGGAAGGCGUGUACCCGCAGGCUCUGGAAGGCCCCGACAACCAUCGUGUUACCGUUUGGUGCGCCAAUGACUACCUCGGUGCCUCUCGUCACCCUGUUGUUCAAGAUGCUGCUAUUAAUGCUAUUAAAGCCUAUGGUACUGGAGCUGGAGGCACCAGGAACAUUGCCGGAAAUUCUCAGAUGACAGAAAAACUUGAAGCCGAAAUAGCUCAUCUGCAUAAGAAACCUGCAGCCUUAAUAUUUAGUUCAUGUUUUGUUGCUAAUGAUGCAACAUUGUCUACCUUAGCUAAAAUUCUACCUGGCUGCUUAAUAUUUUCUGAUGCUGGGAACCAUGCCUCUAUGAUACAGGGAAUAAGAAACAGUCGAGCACCAAAGCAAAUAUUUAGACAUAAUGAUCCAAAUCACUUGAGAGAGUUACUAUCUCAAUCACCGGAAGGUGUACCCAAGCUAGUCGUGUUUGAGACUGUCCACUCCAUGAGUGGAGCGAUAUGUCCGCUGGAUGAAAUGUGUAACAUAGCCCACGAGUAUGGUGCUCUGACAUUUGUUGAUGAAGUCCAUGCUGUAGGCUUGUAUGGGAAACAUGGUGCCGGUAUAGGGGAAGAGAGAGGGAUACAGCACAAGAUAGACAUAGUAUCCGGAACAUUGGGGAAAGCAUUUGGUAAUGUUGGGGGCUACAUUGCUGGGUCUUCUCUAUUGGUAGACACAGUGAGAUCCCUAGCCCCUGGCUUCAUAUUCACCACGGCGCUACCGCCGCCUGUACUGGCGGGGUCGCUAGCCGCCAUCAGACUUCUCGCAAGUGAAGAAGGCAGAAGCUUGCGAGCUAAGCACCAAGCUAUUGUGCGAUACCUGAAGCUGUCGCUUCUUGUGGCAGGGCUGCCACAAAUGCCGUCAGUCAGUCACAUUGUACCUGUACCUAUAACGGGCGCCGAUAAAGUGGCCGCCGUCGCCGAGUCUUUGAUGAAGAGGGGUCAUUACGUACAGGCCAUCAACUACCCGACGGUGGCAAGAGGGGAGGAGCGACUGAGGUUCGCGCCUGGCCCCUACCACAGUACGGAGAUGAUCGAUAGUCUGGUCACAGCCCUAACAGAAGCAUUCCAUGAGAACAAUAUAAGUUUCAACGAGUUUAUGAAGAAUGGCACAUGCCGCGAGUGCAGCAUGGAGUACAAGGUUGACAUUGCGUACGAGGAGCCAAGCUUCAAGUACACGCAAGUCGCGUAA